AGUCCAAAUAUCCAUCAGCAUUUUAUAUUUUGUACCAUAAGUUUUGUUUUUAAUCGGGGACUCGUUCUUAUUUGUAAAUGUUCCUCUAGUUUUUAUAUAACGCCAGUUUUUCAAGUCCAUCAAACCGUUUUGGGUUGUUAAUACGAAUUUAUUCUAGUACGACUAAAUCCUCUACCAAAAAGUCAUUGAUGGUAUUCUAGCGGACUCACAUAUACCUAAAGGAGACAGACACACCCAUAUAAUGGACCUUUCUCAAUAUCUCUUUAAAAACGUACCACAUUCAACUGCAAGAAAGAUCUAUAGACACAAAAGAACACUAUUCUACAUUGUAAACUGCUUCUCAGAGGAGAAUGUUGUUUACGCGCUAAAAUACGACGCAUGGGCUACGACUUCAAAGGGUGACACAACAUUUAAACGCCACCUGAGCGCGGGUCUUAAUGUUGUUGUAUUUUUUUCACUACAAGGUACCCAAAAUAGCCCAUCGAAACUAGUGGGAUACGCCCUCAUUAGGUCAAAACCAGGCGUUAGCAAAGCAAAAAACGUAUUUAAAUUACCAAGUGGAAAGACAUUUCGUGGAAGGACGUUUGACAUACUCUGGCUCAGGUGUUUUAACGUGCCGGAGACUGAGUUUUCGCACUUGAAGAACAAGCUUGAUGAAAAAAAGCACAUAAAAGUUGGACCAGAAAUAUUAGAAAUUGAUUCACUCUGUGGUUAUAAACUCUGCAAAAUAUUUGAAAAAAAAUUUCUAGAAUCAGAUACCAGCGCAGUUAAUCCACAAAUAAGCUUGUUAAACAUUCCAAGCGGAACCCACGAUAUUAACCUAAAAAAUAUAUUUGCCGCCAAUCCAAGGUUUCAUCCGCUACUUCCCCUACCCAUUCUUCCGGGAAACCCAAAGGUAAAAAGCUCCUCCAAUGCAUAUUCCUUUGACAUCGCAUCAGAGUUCAACCCAGCCUUAUUGAUAUUCCCCGUUGACCUCUCUAACAUGUCAUAUGAUACAUAUAUAUCACUAUAUCAACGUUCCAAUCAAUACUGGCUCAAUACACCUGAUCGAUUUAAAGAGCUAUCCCAAGACUUGGAAAACUAAAAAUGUGGUUACUCGGGAGACUCGCGAAUCCGUGCUCCUGUAAACUUUUUACAAGAACAUUAGGUCUGAAUGUCCACAAACCAUUCACUACAAGCACAAACGUGGAAAGAAAACGGUUGCUCAUGAGAAUCAAUCGCACAGGAAUUAAAGAACUUGACAUUGUCCUAACAAAUUUUCUCAAGCAAAUGGAUAAUUUAGACGCCGAACAUAUAAACGAUUUUCAUCGUCUACUAGACCUAGAUACACAAACAAUUUAUGAUGUUGUUAUACUAGGAAGAAAACUACCGAGGGACUUUCAGGAAAAUCGCAUUACUGCAAAACUGGCCAAAUUUGUACAGAGGCACUAAGCACCAUAUAAUAAUUAA